AUGACUGGAAGUUCCCUGAUAGGACUCGGCUUGACGUGGUGGCAAGCGAUUAUAUCCAUUGUCAUAGGAGAGAUCCUCGCAACCAUCUUUGUGGUCUUGAACUCUAUCCCAGGGGCAUAUUAUCACCAUGGCUUUCAAGCAUGGAUUGGAGGGGAAUGUGUCUAUGUGUGUCUCCAAGCCAUAUGGCCCUCUAUUGAAGGGCGCAUUCCAAACCAUCUUUCUGCCUCAACAGGUACAACGACGGCCCACUUUGUAGCCUACAUAAUUUUCAUGGUCAUCUCGCUGCCCUUCAUUUACAUCCGCCCAUAUAAACUGAGAAGGUUUUUCUAUGGAUCGGCGGCAACUAUCCUCGUGUUUGAAAUUGUUCUCCUUGUCUGGGCUCUUGCAACUAUGGGUGAUAGUGGUUUCGGCUCAACUAUAUCAGAUGCCGGUGCCAGUGGGUCCGGAUGGAAAGUGGCAUUUGGUGUCAUCAGUACCAUCGGUUCUAUUGCAGCAGGAAUCCUCAAUCAAAAGACUAUGCGCGUUUUACGCGUAAACCUACAAAUGCGAUUUGUGGUCAGUUGCUGA